CUCACAGCAACCCUUUUGGUUCUUCCAAGAACUGGCAAAAAUGUACCGGCUAAACGCACUUGGGAUCUGUCUGUGGGAGACAAUAUUAUUUUUCAGUUUGGCAGCAUCAAAAGAAGCAGCAGCUCGUAAACCCACCACCCCCAUGUCCCCCUCUGAGUUCUUGGACAACCUCAUGGGCAAAGUGUCAGGCUAUGAUGCAAGAAUCAGACCCAAUUUCAAAGGACCUCCAGUAAAUGUAACAUGCAACAUCUUUAUCAACAGUUUUGGCUCCAUCGCUGAAACCACUAUGGAUUACAGAGUCAAUAUUUUCCUGAGACAGGAGUGGAAUGACCCACGGUUAGCCUAUAGCGAAUACCCAGAUGGCUCUCUGGAUCUGGAUCCUUCUAUGUUGGACUCCAUUUGGAAACCAGAUUUGUUUUUUGCCAAUGAGAAGGGAGCCAAUUUCCACGAGGUGACCACUGACAACAAGCUGCUGCGGAUCUUUAAAAACGGAAACGUGUUGUACAGCAUCAGGAUAACGCUAAUCCUUGCUUGUCCAAUGGACCUGAAGAAUUUCCCCAUGGAUGUGCAGACCUGCAUCAUGCAGCUGGAGAGCUUCGGAUACACGAUGAAUGACGUCAUCUUCGAGUGGGACGAGAAGGGAGCCGUGCAGAUUGCUGAUGGGCUAACGUUACCUCAGUUUCUCCUGAAAGAAGAGAAGGACUUGCGGUACUGCACCAAGCACUACAACACAGGGAAGUUUACCUGUAUUGAAGCUCGUUUCCAUCUGGAAAGGCAAAUGGGCUACUACCUGAUCCAGAUGUACAUCCCCAGCUUGCUGAUUGUCAUCCUGUCCUGGGUCUCGUUCUGGAUCAACAUGGACGCAGCGCCGGCCCGGGUGGGCCUGGGCAUCACCACAGUGCUCACUAUGACCACACAGAGCUCAGGCGCCAGAACCUCCCUGCCAAAGGUGUCUUAUGUGAAGGCCAUCGAUAUCUGGAUGGCCGUGUGUCUGCUCUUCGUGUUCUCAGCCCUGCUGGAGUACGCUGCGGUGAACUUCCUCGCACGGCAGCACAAGGAACUGCUGCGUUUCCGCAGGAACAGGCGACACCACAAGGAGGAUGAAGCUGGGGAGGGUCGCUUCAGUUUCACAGCCUAUGGGAUGGGCCCUGCCUGUCUGCAGGCCAAGGAUGGGAUCUCCAUGAAGGGCAACAACAACAACGCCCCCCCGUCUAGCGCCCCUCCUGAGAAAACCGUGGAAGAGAUGCGCAAACUCUUCAUCGGGAGAGCCAAGAGGAUCGACACAGUGUCCCGUGUGGCCUUCCCACUCGCUUUCCUCAUUUUUAACACUUUCUACUGGAUCUUCUACAAGAUCAUCCGCAGUGAGGACCCCCACAAACAGUAAGGCUGGCGGGCGAGCAGAAAUAUUACCUGGGGGGAGAUAGAGAUUUACAGGUGGUUGAUGGUGUCAGAGGUUGUUUUUUUUUCUGGACCUGUGCAAUAGCAAUGCAGUAAAAUGCAUGAAAUAUGAAUGUGGCAAUAUAAUUACAAAAAUAAAAUAAAUAAAUAAAUAAAUAGAAAACUUUUUGAAACUGGAAAUCUCCUUGUGACAAUAAAACUAAAGACUGAUGGAGGAGUCUCUUCCAAGAACGUCGCAACUGCAAGACAAACCUAUGGACAAAGAAAUCUAAACAGGGCAGAAACGAAAGCACUGUAAUAUAUUCCGUGUAUAUUUAAAAUGCAACAGACUUCAAGGUUAGGCUAUUGGAUUUAGGGCAUGCAAUGAAAGAUGUUAACAAAGGUGAUUAGGUGCUUCCAACAUUAGUGAGUUUUUUGUAAACGUAUAGGGUCAACAAAUGAUGUAAGUGUUUGCCUCAUGUACCAUUAUUUUUAUUUUUAAUUUAAUGGAUCUGCUCUUCUCAAGCCCCUCCCCCCCUUCCUGCAAUGAUGAAAUGAGAAUUAUUACAAGUGCAAAUGGCAGAAACGGGGGCUUUGACAAGAGUGGAUCUGGGCUUUAUUUGUGUGUUUGUUUGUUGCCAAGCCAGCAUUUGUAUGUUCAUCUAAGUGCAUGGAUGUAAAAUACAUUUUAUGGUAUUUCCAUUUCUGUGAGCAUUAAGCUUGU